UCGCCACACGCGAGCUAUGAGCAUCAUUGGGAGCGCGUCCGGCGGCUACGACCUCCGCACGGUCACCGUGGCGGCCACGCAGAUGAGCUGCCGCAACCAGGACGAGAACAUCAAGAAGGCCGAAAGCCUCGUGCGGAUCGCGCACGGUCGCGGCGCGCAGAUCGUGCUGCUGCAGGAGCUCUUCCAGCACACGUACUUUCCCAUGGACCUCUCGAGCCAGAACUUCCAGCUCGCUGAGACGCUUGAGGGCAGCGGCAUUGUCCGCGGCAUGCAGGUGCUCGCCAAGGAGCUGCGUGUCGUUCUGCCGAUUAGCUUUUUCGAGCGGUACCAAAACUCGUACUACAACUCGGUCGCGGUCAUCGACGCCGAUGGCUCGGUGCUUGGCGUCGUCCGGAAGGCCCACAUCUCGGAUCGCCUUGGCUACAACGACAAGUAUUAUUUCGCGCCCUCGGACGUUCCGAGCGCCGUCUUCAAGACGCGCUACGCCACGAUCGGCGUUGGCAUCGGCUCGGACCAGUGGUACCCGGAAGCCGCGCGUCUUAUGGCGAUCAAGGGCGCCGAGAUCAUUCUGUAUCCCAGCGCGCUCGGGAGCAACCAAUUCGACCCGAGCUUUGACCCGCGCGACCAGUGGCAGCGUGUCAUGCAGGGCCACGCGGCCGCCAACAUGGUGCCCAUCGUCGCCUCCAACCGGGUUGGCACGGAGCAGAGCGAUGGCAUCCAGGUGACGUUCUGCGGCUCGUCCUUCAUCACGGGCCAGACCGGCGAGCUUCUCAAGAUUGCAGACCGCGAAUCCGAAGGCGUCCUCGUCGAGGUCUUUCACUUGGAAAAGAUGCACAUUCGCCGCGCGAGCUGGGGUCUCCUUCGCGACCGCCGCCCGGCCUUGUACAGCCAGCUCGCGACACGCGACGGUGGCCAGUAAGCUACGAUGUACGUACUAAAGUACAUCACGAGGCCUUAGAGCGGAGUCGGUGCGACGAGAGUUCGUCGAGCAAUAGCCUGACGACGUCCGUGGCUUCCUCUCGUUGAAUGCAAGUGUGUGUCUCGUCU